UCCACAUGCCAUCGUUUAGUCGAAGGCAAUUGGUGGCCAUAAAAAUGCUUUAUUGGCAUGCCAGCAAUCGCUCAAUGUUUGCUUUUAAUUUCAGCAGCUGUACGCUGACUGCCCUGUCAUAAUUUGUCAAUUGCGAGCUAAUUGUUUUCUCUUACCAUUUAUUAUGUGUUUUUCAGCCGGAGAGUUACAGACCAAAAUGAUGGCCACGUCACAGGAUUAUUUUGGCAAUCCCUAUGCCCUUUUCCGCGGACCGCCCACAACUUUACGGCCGCGUGAAUCGCCGCUUGGCGUGGGCCACCCGCACAGUCAUGGGCAUAUGCAUAGUCACGGCCAUGCCCAUGGACAUGGCCAUGCCCAUUCGCAUUAUGCGGCCUUGGACUUGCAGACGCCGCACAAGCGGAAUAUUGAAACGGAUGUGCGGGCACCGCCGCCGCCAUUGCCGCCGCCACCGCUUCCGCUUCCGCAGGCAUCUCCUAGGUACAACACUGACCAAGGAGCGAUGGACCAGCAAUUCUGCUUGCGCUGGAACAAUCAUCCCACAAAUUUGACCGGCGUUCUAACCUCGCUGCUGCAGCGGGAGGCGCUAUGCGAUGUCACGCUCGCCUGCGAAGGCGAAACAGUCAAGGCUCACCAAACCAUACUGUCAGCCUGCAGUCCGUACUUCGAGACGAUUUUCCUACAGAACCAGCAUCCACAUCCCAUCAUCUACUUGAAAGAUGUCAGAUACUCAGAGAUGCGCUCUCUGCUCGACUUCAUGUACAAGGGCGAGGUCAACGUGGGUCAGAGUUCGCUGCCCAUGUUUCUCAAAACGGCCGAGAGCCUGCAGGUGCGCGGUCUCACAGAUAACAACAAUCUGAAUUACCGCUCCGACUGCGACAAGCUGCGCGAUUCGGCGGCCAGUUCGCCGACCGGCCGUGGACCGAGUAAUUAUACCGGCGGCCUAGGCGGCGCAGGCGGUGUAGCCGAUGCGAUGCGCGACUCCCGCGACUCCCUGCGAUCCCGCUGCGAAAGGGAUCUGCGUGAUGAGCUAACGCAGCGCAGUAGCAGCAGCAUGAGCGAACGCAGCUCGGCAGCAGCAGCAGCAGCGGCGGCUGCAGCAGCGGUAGCGGCUGCUGGCGGUAACGUAAACGCGGCAGCUGUCGCCUUGGGUUUGACAACGCCCACUGGCGGCGAACGAUCUCCGAGCGUGGGCAGUGCCAGUGCUGCGGCGGCGGCAGCGGCGGUAGCAGCAGCAGUUGCAGCGGCCGCCAAUCGUAGUGCUAGCGCCGAUGGAUGCAGCGAUCGUGGUAGCGAGCGUGGAACUCUCGAACGAACGGAUAGUCGCGAUGAUCUGUUGCAAUUGGAUUAUAGCAACAAGGAUAACAACAACAGCAACAGCAGUAGUACCGGCAACAACAACAACAACAGCAGCAACAACAAUAACAACAACAAUAGCAGCAGCAACAACAACAACAACAAUAGAGAGCGCAACAAUAGCAGAGAACGUGAAAGGGAGCGGGAGAGAGAACGCGAGCGGGACAGGGACAGGGAGCUGUCCACCACGCCGGUGGAGCAGCUGAGUAGUAGUAAGCGCAGACGUAAGAACUCAUCAUCCAACUGUGAUAACUCGCUGUCCUCGAGCCAUCAGGACAGGCACUACCCGCAGGACUCUCAGGCCAACUUCAAGUCGAGUCCCGUGCCCAAAACGGGCGGCAGCACAUCGGAGUCAGAGGACGCCGGCGGUCGCCAUGAUUCGCCCCUAUCGAUGACCACCAGCGUUCACCUGGGCGGUGGCGGAAAUGUAGGUGCAGCCAGUGCCCUGAGCGGUCUGAGCCAGUCCUUGAGUAUCAAGCAGGAGCUGAUGGACGCCCAGCAACAGCAGCAGCAUCGCGAACACCAUGUGGCCCUGCCCCCAGAUUACUUGCCGAGCUCUGCUCUGAAGAUGCAUGCGGAGGACAUGUCAACGCUGCUGACGCAGCAUGCCUUGCAAGCGGCAGAUGCCCGGGAUGAGCAUAACGAUGCCAAACAGCUGCAGCUGGACCAGACGGACAAUAUUGACGGCAGCAGCGCCCGCCAUCACCUGUCGACCCCACUGUCGACCUCGUCGUCGGCCUCGCCCCCGCCGCCCCCUUUUGGGAUGCACCUUUCGGCGGCCCUGAAACGCGAAUACUACAUCGCCGCUGGCAAUGGUCACAACAACGGUCCACCCGCCUAUGGCUACAAUCAAGGAUCGGGCAAUACGCCAAAUAGUGCCGGAGGUCCGGGAUCAGGAGCUGGAGGAGUUGGAGCUGGCGGUGGCGCCGGCGGAGCAUCAGCAGCUGGCCAUAAUUCACAUCACACCAUGUCGUACCAUAAUAUGUUCACACCGUCCCGCGAUCCGGGCACCAUGUGGCGUUGUCGCUCCUGCGGCAAGGAGGUUACCAAUCGUUGGCACCACUUCCACUCCCACACCGCUCAGCGGUCCAUGUGUCCCUAUUGUCCGGCCACCUACAGCAGGAUCGAUACGUUGCGUUCACAUUUGCGAGUCAAGCAUCCGGAUCGCCUGCUCAAGUUGAAUUCGUCUAUUUAAGGGCGUGGCCGGGGCACAAAUACAGCCCAUCAACGCCAGCUUUAUCAGCAGCAGCAGCAGCAGCAGCAGCAACAGCAACAUCUACAGCAGCAACAGCAACCAGCUUACUACAUCAGCAACUUUAGCAACUACAGCAAUAGAUAUAGCUACAGCGAGAGUUUAUUGUAAAUCGCUGAAGUUUUAGGUGGAUUUUUUCUUGCAUUUAGUCGUCGUCUGUACAUUACCCACUAGUAGCUAUUCCAAGCAAUAAACAAUAACCCAAAACUAGUAGAACCGAAGAUGCUAUGGCAAAAACGAAACGCGUAAAAAACACACACAAAUAUAUUGAUAAUCUUAAAUAUAAACUAUUGGUAAACUUUGACACAAUCGUCCCAUCAAUUUAUACUAUAAAUGUGUAUAACUAAAACAAAUAUUAGGAAAAGGUUUCAGUUGCUAAUUAAGGAGAAGGAUUUACCCUAUAUAAAAUGAGGGCAGCGAAAGCAGAUCUAAAAAAAAAAAAAAACGUUUUCUAAAGCCACACACAACAAACCGUUUCAAAAGGUUUCUAAAUGUUGUUUCCUAAAAAAUAAAAACUAAAAAAAACAAAGUAAUAUAACUACACACACUAAUGAUAGAGAGAGAAAAAAAGGUCGAAGGAAAUAACUUUUGAGCUGAUACGGUCAGCGUAAUGGGGUCACCACCGAAAGCGCGGUGGGUCACCAGAUGGAGAAGAAGGAUUCAGCCACCACCACAGCAACAGUCACCCACAACUACUACUCAUACGAAGGUCACAUUAGGUUUUAGUUAACUUUAUCGUUUAAUGUUUAGAUCGUAGUGUUAACCAAUAUGUUCUGCAGAGUAGGCGCAACGGAUGAGGGCUACUCAACCAACUACAAAGAAAUUUUCAUAUACCUCAAAUGCAUUUCAGUUUUAUAUUGUUGAUUGCUUAAUUUUAAUCUAUGUAGACAUAACUAUACCACAUAUAUAUUACUUUUUAACCGGUUCCAAUUGAAGAUAGCCAAUAGUUUACCAAUGUUUUCCUCUGUUUUUUUUCAUCCUGUGUUCUCUACUUGAUUUCCGAUUUUGUCCUAUGCAUUAAGUUAAAGUUUAGGAUUAGCUCGAACCACUUGAACCACCUCACUUUUUUGUUAAGCUUUGUUUGUAUUUAUGGUCAAAUGUUUAUUUAGUUAAAGUACACUAAAAACUUAUAUUUUAUAACUCGAAGAAAAGAAAGUUAGUUGAUAUGAGGGCUAAUGAAAGAAAAUAAUCAUAUCACGAAAAAUCAACCACAAAAAAAAAAUACGAUUGGAAAAAUCUAUUUAGAAAUUAUAUUUUUAAUUUGCUUAAUUGUCUGCUCAAUUGGCAAGAAAUUGGAGAAAUUUUAUUAUGAUUUGUAAACGAUUAUCUUGCUCUUUGAUUACCAUAACCAAAACGUCCUCGCAGAGACGGCAAAAGUAAUUAAUUUUAAACAUUUUGUGAUAGACAAAAUUAUGUUUCGGCACAAAAUCAAUUUAAAAAACAAACAAAACAAAAAACACCUAUAAUAAAGCAAAAUAAAAUAUAAAAUUAAAUGUGAUAUUUUCGGCACAAAACUUUACAAACAAUUAAAAAAAAAAGCGAAAUAAAAAAUAACAAAAAAAAAUCAAAUAUCUUGAAGGAGAAGCAACAUUUGGCUAAAGUUGCUUGCCUUUUGCAUAUUUAUUUAGAGGAUUUUUUUGUUAUAGAAUUAUUCAAAAUUGUUAUCUUUCGGUCCAAAGCACAAAAUGUAUAAAAUUACUUUCUAGUUACCCUUUAAUCUUACUUUUAUUUUAAAUUUACUUUCUUAAUUUUAAGUUACGAGCAUGUGCGUGUGUAUAUAUCUAAUUAAAAACCAAAAUAUGUACACACAGAGAUCAUAAUUUUAUUUAGUUUUACGUUGAUUGAGUUGAAAAACUUUAAGCCAAUAAACUACCGCAAAAUUAAAAACAAUUACAAAAAACAAAAACAGCACAGAUGUUAAGGCAAACCACUACUACACACAGAUUUAUGUACCAAAAAUGUAAUAAAUAUGAAAUUAUAUAAAAAAAAAAAAACAAAAAACAAAAACUAAGCAGCGAGAAACCAAAAGAAAACUAACUAGAGAAAGCUGAAGAGGAAACUUAGCUGGAUUUUUCUAACCUUUUUUCCCAUACAUAAGCGUAAAUCGUAAACGAAAUAUUUUUAUACAUCCAUCUUGUAAUCGGCCGAUUGAAGAGGAGAGCUACUAAAGUUUUGGGCCUGGAGAGGGUUGCUCUGUGGAUUUGGAAACUGGGAUUUCAAUUCCAAUAACUCCACUUUCGUCACGCGUGAAAACAAAAGAACAACAGCGAGUUGUAACUAACUUUAUUUUUGCUCUACAGUUACAAACUCAAUUGAUCAAUAUGCAAAUACAAAUGUGGCACACACACACACACACAGCAAUGGAAAAAUAUUAUUAACAGUUUUUUGUCGUCUACCAGUUUAAAUAAAUCAAUCCAUUAAGAAAUAUAUAUAUCAAGCGAAUAUAUAUAUAUGUAUUUCAAAUUUAUUCAAAUUAAAAUCAAAAAUAUAAUUCACUAGCAGCAUUUAAAUGUCAAGCAAAACAGCAAAUAAAACCAAAUAAAAUUUAUGAUUAUUAUUAUUACAUAUAUCAACAACACUCGUUUCAUGUUCUGCCCUUCAUUACCACGUCCCUCUCCUUGGAAGCACAAUUCAAAUCGUUAGGUUCGGGAUCGAGUUCGGAUUUGGGGUUUCGGAGUUCCAUUUAGGGUGUCUGGGUCGAGUUUGUGGGUGGACAUUUCAUUUUACAGGGCCAACGUACCUAUGUGGAUGGCAAUUUUGGUAAAUGGGUAAGUCAUUGGUUUGUUGUGGUAAGUUAAAUUUAUUUUGUAUAGAUUUUUUAUUAUAACUGCAAAGGAACAUAAAGCAUAAAUAAACUAUAUAAUUCUUAAAAGCAAAUAAU